AUCACAGUUUCAGCUCGCGACUUCUCUAUUCGGAUAUGCUGCAUAUCUGUACCCUAGCAAUACAAAUCCAAACAUAAAAACGUGACCCUCAUUUCCCCCGUCUCUCUCUCUUUCAUCUUUCUCUCUCUACACUUUUCACAGUCAUCGGCGGCAGCUCAACAGAGCAACAAUGGCGGCGGCGGCGGCUACUUCUUUCUCCAUUUCCACUUCCUCCUCUUCGUCGGCCACUUCUUCCUCAUCCAAAUCCCUUAAGCCUGCUCUUCCCGGUAACUUAGGGUUCCUGUCUACUUCAACUCCGUCGCUUAAGGCUCUUAGAGCUAAAUCUUUCUCCUACAGUGGCUCUAGCUCCGGCGGAGCGCUUAAUGUUCGCAUGGUCGCUGCUCCUGCUGUUAUUAAGGCACCGAUGUCUCUCGAUUUUGAGACCUCUGUUUUUAAGAAGGAGAAAGUUACCCUUUCUGGACACGACGAGUACAUUGUGAAAGGAGGGAGAGAUUUGUUCAAGUUGUUGCCAGAUGCAUUCAACGGAAUCAAGCAGAUUGGAGUCAUUGGCUGGGGUUCUCAGGGACCAGCUCAAGCCCAGAACUUGAGGGAUUCUCUUGCAGAAGCCAAAUCUGAUAUAGUCGUUAAGAUUGGUUUGAGAAAGGGUUCUCGCUCCUUUGCUGAGGCUCGUGCAGCCGGGUUUACUGAAGAAAAUGGUACCUUAGGAGACUUGUAUGAAACUAUCUCUGGCAGUGAUCUAGUGCUGCUUUUGAUUUCUGAUGCAGCUCAGGCUGACAACUAUGAAGAAGUGUUUUCUCACAUGAAACCAAAUAGCAUACUUGGUCUUUCGCACGGAUUUCUUCUUGGCCAUUUGCAGUCAUUGGGACUUGACUUUCCCAAAAACAUCAGUGUGAUUGCUGUAUGUCCCAAGGGAAUGGGCCCAUCUGUCCGGAGAUUAUAUGUGCAAGGAAAAGAAAUCAAUGGUGCUGGAAUCAAUGCAAGUUUUGCAGUUCACCAGGAUAUUGAUGGAAGAGCCACCGAUGUUGCUCUUGGGUGGUCAGUUGCCCUUGGUUCCCCCUUUACAUUUGCUACUACCCUGGAACAGGAAUACAGAAGCGAUAUAUUUGGCGAGCGAGGCAUAUUACUUGGUGCUGUCCAUGGCAUUGUCGAGUCGUUGUUCAGAAGGUACACGGAAAAUGGAAUGAGUGAAGAGCUUGCAUACAAGAAUACCGUUGAGUGCAUAACCGGAAACAUUUCUAGGACCAUAUCAACAAAGGGUAUGUUAGCUCUAUACAAUUCAUUUGAUGCGGAUGGCAAGAAGGAGUUUGCGACUGCAUAUAGUGCUUCAUAUUACCCUUGCAUGGAGAUCUUGUAUGAGUGCUAUGAAGAUGUUGCAACAGGUAGUGAGAUCAGGAGUGUUGUCUUGGCAGGUCGCCGCUUUUCUGAGAAAGAGGGGUUACCAGCUUUCCCAAUGGGCAAAAUAGACCAGACAAGGAUGUGGAAAGUAGGUGAGCGUGUUCGUGCAACACGGCCGUCCGGUGAUCUGGGUCCUCUGUAUCCUUUCACUGCUGGUGUCUAUGUUGCAUUGAUGAUGGCCCAGAUUGAGGUUCUGAGGAAGAAAGGCCACUCGUACUCAGAGAUCAUAAACGAAAGUGUCAUCGAGUCUGUUGAUUCCCUGAAUCCUUUCAUGCAUGCACGUGGAGUGUCAUUCAUGGUUGACAAUUGCUCUACAACAGCGCGCUUGGGAUCUAGGAAGUGGGCUCCUCGAUUUGAUUACAAUCUCACCCAGCAAGCACUGGUGGCAGUCGACAAUAACCUGCCUAUCAAUAUGGAUCUUAUGACCAAUUUCGUUUGUGAUCCUGUCCACGAAGCUAUUGAAGUUUGCGCCCGAUUGAGACCAACAGUUGACAUUUCAGUUCCUCCAGAUGCUGACUUUGUCCGUCCCGAGCUCAGACAAACUAGCAACUAAGGUUCUUUGUCGGUCACUUCUAUUGAGAUUGGUGAUGGUUUAAUGGAAUUGGAAGGAGAAGGCAUUAGACAGGACCAUGUUUAGUCUGGUCGAGCAUUUUUCAAAGGUAGAGAUAAUUUCUGUAUGCUGUGCUUUUUUGAGUGUAAGGAGAUCUGCUUAAUAACAUAUUUCUGUUGGUAAAAUAUAAAACAGGUUCACCUUUUUCUGUUAAACUACGUGACCUCUGUACUUUAGAAUUUUAUGUAUUUUUGCAGAUUAACGGAAUAAAAACUCCGCUUUAGCCAUGGUAA